AUGAAGAGAGAGAAUCACACAUCAAGCACAGAUUUAAUUAUCCUUGGACUAUUUCCUGAUAUGGGAAAUAUUACCUACCUUAUCUACAUGAUUCUCCUGAGCUACAUCAUUACGCUCUUUGGGAACACCGUCUUGAUCUUACUAAUUUGGGUGGAUUCUCAACUCCACAGCCCCAUGUACUUGUUCCUCAGUCAACUUUCUGUCAUGGACUUAAUUCUCAUCUCCACUACUGUUCCUAAAAUGGUCACUGACUUCUGGGUUGAUAGGAAAACAAUCUCACAGAUUGGCUGUGGAAUACAGAUGCUAUUUUAUAUAACCAUAACAGGUUCUGAAAGCAUCCUCUUGACUCUGAUGUCUUAUGAUCGCUAUGUUGCUGUCUGCAACCCACUAAGGUAUUCAGUCAUCAUGAACCCCAGAGUCUGCCUGUUUAUGGCUACUUUCUCCUGGGUGAUGGGGUUUCCAAAUGCUCUGUUUCAUACAGUUUACACCAUGAAUUUACCAUUAUGUGAACCCAGGGAAAUUCGCCAUUUCUUCUGUGAGGUCCCAGCUAUCCUAAAAGUCUCCUGUGAUGAUACUUCGGUGUAUGAAAUAAUUUUGUUUGUCACAGGAAUCGUGUUCUUUCUUAUCCCUUUUGGGCUCAUUCUGGCCUCCUACAGUCUCAUUUUCUUGACUGUCUUCCAUAUGAAAUCUCAGAAGGGAAAGAACAAAGCUCUGGCUACCUGCUCCUCCCAUAUUACAGUGGUAAGUCUCUAUUUAGGUUCAGGCAUCUUUGCCCUCAUGGUUUCUCCAGCCAUGAACUCCACAGAUAAAAGCCAGGCUGGUUCCUUAUUUUACAACAUCCUCACCCCUAUGCUAAACCCCAUCAUCUAUAGCCUGAGGAACAAAGAAGUCAUGGGGGCUCUAAGGAAAGUGCUGUUAGUUGGUAUAGGUUCUCAAAUAAAAAACAGAAGACAUUAG